GUCUUGGCAGAUAGCAUGACAAAGAUCGUGCAGCCAUUCAGCAACCCAUCGGUUGACGAACUAGCUGAGCUCGUUACAUCCAUCUGGACCGAACGUGACAUCAUUUUCCAAGAAGUCAAAUCGGAUCUGUCCAAGACCCGACUGGCCAAGGAGAAGGCUGAAGACCAAUCUCGACGUGAUGCUGAGGCUCUGAGGGCAGCCCAAGACCCGACGAAGACCAAGGCCCACCUGAUUAAGACACAGGAACAGAGCAAGGUAUUUGCUGAAGAGCGAAAUGCAGCCGUGACAAAGAUCGAGGAGCUUAAGAAUGAGAAAAAUGACCUGGUUAUGGAUAACAUAUCUUUAACCACUGUCAGUGCUGACUUACCAAUUCUCAAGCAGAAGAUCAAGAAACUGGAGAGAAGUCUUGAGGAUGCAAGUGAUCAGAUCGUUAUAGGAGAAUCUAGCAUUUGGUUCUCGAAGGAGAGAAGGAAGAUCUGAUGGAACAGCUACACCAGAUGAAGAAGGAGAAUCAGACCAUCUCUUCGGAUCUCAACACCGCCUCCAGGGAGAAAGGUAGUGCUUUCGAAGAGCUCGAGGCAUUCCUUUCUGAAGUUCGCUCCAUCACCGGUCUGUCGCAGAGCAUUUCGCCGGCUGACUCUGCUGAGAAACUCCGAGAGGAAUGGAACAAGCGUGAGAACCCUUCCCAGAAACAGGGAGAUGAAGAGAUCAAGAAAGAGGAUAAGAGCCUUCAGGUGGAGAUAGGGGAUAACGGCGAUGCUUCUGACCAACUUCAGAAACUUCUGAUUGAAGUGCGAUCCAUUGCCGGUCUCUCAAAGAACGUGUCGCCAGAAGAUUCGGCCGAGAAACUCCGCAAGGCAUGGGAGGAUCAAGAAAAGGUCUUCAAAAAACUGCAAGAGAGAGAGAAGAAAAAGGAGAAGAAUACCCUUGAAGAGGUCGCAGGGAAGAAUAACGAGCGAUUCCAGAAACUCCUUUCUGAAGUGCAAUCCAUUGUCGGUCUUCCGGAGGAUGUAUCGCCAGAAGAUUCGGCUGAGAAGCUCCAGGAGGCAUGGAAGAAGCAUGAGAAACGCUACCUCAAGGCACAGACAUGUAACGAGAAAAAGAAGGAUCUUGUUGCAAAAAUCAAGCUUUUGACAGAGUCCAUUGAAGACCUUGUUCAGGCUGAACCAGGUAAAUUGACGAUCGAGGACCUGAUCGAGAAGCUUCGAGAAAAGGACAUGAAAUACGCUCUCAAGUUUGACAACCUUGUCACUGAGCUCGAAGAACAUCAAAAGGAUCAAAAGACGUCUAAAAAGGACAAGAUUGAGAAAAUCCGGGAUAUUUGCAGGAAAAUUGCCAAGGAAAUGGACAUCAAGUUCAAGACGAAGACCAAGAUCCCAGAAUUUCUUGCACUCUUCCGCAGCAAACUGGACAAACAAGAGGCUUGCUUGACGUCAUUGGAAAAGAAAAUCACCAAGAAGGACAAACAAAUUGAAGAGCUUGCGUCUUCUCUGGAGCAGAUGAUGGAAGAGCUGGAGCAGCCCACCAUAUCUUCGAAAGAUAAGAAGAAAAAGAAGAAGAAGAAGAAGCUUUUCAGGAUGAUCAUCAACAAGUUUGUCCAUAAACAGACAUCAGACGAAAAGCUUAAAGAAAUUGAAGACCAGGCUGAUACCAUCCGUGGCUUGCGGGUUAUUCAGGAGGAGAAAUACAAACAAGAACACGAGAUCCGUGCUCUCAACAGAGAGAUCAAAGAGUUCGAAGUCGCAGUCACUAACCUCAAGAGAGAGCUUGAGGAACGAGAUGAUACCAUUCUCGAGGUUAAAUUCAGCCUCGAACAAGAGACGGACAUCACCCACCAACUACACGAUGUCAUCCGUUCUUUCGAAGAGCGCAAGCCUUUGAGCCCUCGAGAUGUACCUCGACACUAUGACAGAACCCUGAUGGAUCUCCUUGUCGUCGACGAGUUAAAAGACCGCUGUUGCUUCGAGACCCUCGAUAUCCAGCACGACCUCAAACCGUACGAUGAGGAGAAGACCGACCCGGACCGCUAUCCCUUGUCGUUCCUCUCGAAAGGUACCUUUGGUGAGAUCAGCCUGGCAAGAUUAGUCUCCAAUAAUAAGUGUGUCGUGGUGAAGAAGCCCCUCCUACCUUGGCGCCUCACAUCAUCAUGCAAAGAAAUGGAAACAAAGGCAAACACCCUUCGUUCUCGCAAGGAAGCUAUGAUCCAUGAUCUCCUUGAAAGGAAUAGUCUGUUUCCUAGACUUGUUGGUGUCUUGAACCUGUCAAACCAAACCUGUAUUGUCCUCGAGUUCAUCGGGGACGCAAAGGAGGGAGUAGACCGGACCCUCUUCAGCGUCGUCAAACAACGAGACAAGGACUUUCCCAUGAUAAAAAAGCAGGACGUGCUUCGAAUCGCUGAUGAUAUUGUCACAGCAACAUAUGCCUUGCACGAAGAGAAACUCCUUCAUAACGACAUCAAGUCUAACAACAUCCUGUUGGAGAGACGUGAUGGACUUUGGCGUGGUAUCCUGAUCGACUUUGGCCAGGCCAGCACCAUGUAUUUCCCGAUAAGGAAAGAUUGCAACGAGUUCACCAAGGGCAUGUACCAAAAGGGAGAAAUGUAUAACAACAUUGCACCAGAGGUCAUCAUGAGAGGGCGUCCUACCUCGAUUCUCAGUGACAUCUAUUCCAUUGGCAUGGUGUUCCGUAUGAUGGGAAAAGACUGCAAUAUCCGGCCCCUCAAAGACCUUGGUGAUGAAUGCUGCAGGAACAAUCCAGCUCGUCGAAUCCAGACUACCAAAGAUAUUUUCUCAAAGCUGAGAGACAUCGAAUAUGAUUACCUUGGUGUGAUGCGUCCCAAACACAAGGUGCCUUAUAUCGGGCAGGAGGAUGUGCCCUAUCUACCUUAUUAAACUCAUCCAACUACUAGCCAAACAUGCACAAUCAGGCAUCCAGGAAACACAACGCUUUCAAUCAACAAUAUCGGGAAUCAUCAAACUGCUUUCAACUGCUGCAUCCUCACUCAACCACAUUGCAUUAUAAUAAUUUAGUUAUCCUGGUUCAAUAACCAAGCAACGCUUAGUGCCUGUCAACAGUUUAGGAGCAAAGUCAUUUCAAUCUCAUGAAGAUGUAAUGCCUGGAAUCAAUUAUCGCAAUACGUAGGUUUUAAGUAAUUCAGAAGAUAUUUCAGUAGUUAAUUCAUACAACAUAUUUAUAUUUUGAGAGAUAUUAUAGCAGAUGCAAAGGUACAUUGUUCAAUCAUGACAAAAACAAUUCUUCUUGCAAUAUUAAUUCAAAUUUCAUGAAGCAGAUUUGAAUGAUGAAAUCAUGAAAAGCUUAAAAAAUAUAUUAAGGAGCGCCUAGUAUAACUCAACCUAACCUCAAUUAACCUUUCGGAUUCAAGAGACAGUUAACUUGCUUCUGUUUCUGCACCUUUAUGGAGUCGGCGGCCAUGUUGUUAUCUAACUCUGUGACCUCCCCCGAAAUAGAGUUCCGA